AUGGCGCUGGUCACGACGCCCCCAUGCUGUUUCGAGAAGGUUUUUGAGAGCUGCUUCCCCCGCAUGCCUGAAGAAGAGUUCUUGAAGCGAGAACCCAGCCUUCUUCAAAAGCUCGCGCGGGCACUUGGAGUGUACAAGUACCAGGCUCACACCAUCAUGGACGCGCCCUGGACCGGUUCUAUGGCAGACACGAUGGUCCGGACGCCCAAGGACCACGGCAUGAGUUUCGAGGACGUCCGCUUCCCUGCCAGCGAUGGCUGCCAGAUUGCUGCCUGGUACAUCCCGGCCCAAGACCCCUCCUCCAAGAAGCUCGCCAUCGUGGGACACCAGUCUUGGGCGUGCGCCAACAAGUCCGGCUGCGUGACCCAUCGGCGGCAUGGCCUUGUGACCGUUGAGGCGAUCGACUACGUGAAGCUUCACAGAGUCUUGUUCGAUGCUGGGUACCAUGUCGUGGCCUAUGACCUGCGCAACCACGGUGAGUCCGAGAAGCGUCUUCCAUCCGGUUUCGGGGAGAUUGAGUACAUGGACGCCCUGGGAGUGAUGACCUGGGUGAACAGUCAUGCAGUCCUGAAGACAUGCAAGGUCGCGCUGCUGCCCUUCUGCGUUUCUGGCAUCGCCUUCUUGAAGGCCAACUCCCUUGCCCCGGACAAGUUCAAGAAUGUGUUCGCGUGGGUCACCACGAACAUUUUGCACAUCCCCACUGCAGUUGGUAACCGGCCCUACUUGAUGGGCCUGGGGAGUGCCAAGCUUGCCAACGAGGCCUUCCAGGAAAAGCAGGCGCAGUACGUCAAGGACGGGUUGCUCAAGAACCCGGACGUGCAUGUUACGAUGGAGCGCAUCUCUGCAAAGAAGUAUGCGCCUGACGUAAAGGUUCCCGUGCUCUACUGCGACGCGAAGCAUGACCUUCUGGAUUACCAUGAGCAGGCGUGCCCCGACAUGUUCGCAGAGUUCGGCAAGAGCUUGCCUGACAGCCUUAAGGGCCGCAACGAGUUCCAUUUCCUUGACCCAGGGGAGCCCCUUCCCUUCAAGACGCGCGGGCGGAACCGGAGUGAAGGCUACAACUUCUACCAGUCGGAGAACGGUCGGAAGGUGUUGCUGGACUUCCUGUCCAAGCAUUGUCCAUAG